AUGCUGAUCUCGGUGAUUAUGAUUUGGGCGAUCAUCGUGGUAGAGUUCUUGCACCCUGUGAAUGUGCAGACGAUCCCCUAUGGCGAAGACUGCCCACGGUGCAAGUUGGGCUUCAAAAGCGUUUACACAGCUUCUCUCACCCUCUUCGCGCAGUUGGUCGCCCAAGACGGCUGGAGUGAGAUGUCUUUGCCUUUAGCCGAGGAGGCACCAUGGACUACUCCUUUGCUCUUUAUCAUUCUAAUGACAGUCUCUCUUGGUGUCAUGAACUUGAUCCUUGCCGUAGUGGUCGAGAAGGCUGCGGAAGUUAGAGAAAACGAUCAAGAGCGCAAGAUGAUGAAAAAAGAGGAGGAACGUGAACGCAACAUGAUCGAGUUGGCAGUGCUGUGUGAUCGAAUGGACAAUGAUGGCAGCGGUGCCUUGUCCUUGAAAGAGAUGCUUGACGGUUUUGACAACGAUCUCAAUUUCAAUGCGUUGAUGAAGUUCAUGGACAUUGAGCGAGAUGAUAUGCAGACGAUUUUCAACGUCUUGGAUUCAGAUGGCUCUGGAGAGGUUGACUAUGUUGAAUUUUGUCAUCAUUUGGGCAGUUGCAAGAAGCGAGAUCCAUUGAUGAUGUCUUCUCUAACCAGAUAUUCAGUGAUGGAAAUGCGGAACUUGGUCUCAGGCAUCACAAAUAGCAUUGUAGAGGUUUUGGAAGAAAACGCACAAAUGUUACACGAGCAGCUGGAGCUGCUUUGCUCAGUGCCAGGCUGCGAGCAAGCAGCUAAGGAGACUUCGGUUGGAAUGGGAAUGGGCAGUAACGCCAGUGCUGGAAGGUUCUUGUGUCGGAAGGCCAUGUUGGAUUUGAUUCUAUUUUCAGAGAAGUGA